GUGCAGAAACUCGCCAUCCCCGCCGUCUGUCUCCUAAUCGCCUUCCUAGGCUACGGCUCGCAACUCCUCUUCGCCUCCUCCCCCGACCUAGCUCCGGGUCCUCUCACAAAGACCGAAAAAUAUGCAUUCAACACCCUCCUACUCUGCCUAUGGUGGACGUACUGCAAGGCCUGCUCGGUCGACCCGGGACGGUACACCUUCCCACCUUCCCCCCGCGCUCAGAAACCUAUCGAUCCGACGAACGCGAAGGCAAGCGCAAGCGACGACGAAGAAGCCGAUGAAGCAGAAGCACAAACAGAGGGCGAGGACAAGGGAACUACGCACACAAAAAGAAAACGCCACUGCCGCAAAUGCGCCCGUCCCAAACCUUCCCGCGCCCACCACUGCCGCACCUGCGCGCGCUGCAUCCCGAAAAUGGACCAUCACUGCCCCUGGACAGCGAACUGCGUCUCGCUGCAAACCUUCCCGCACUUCCUCCGUUUUCUGGCCUACACCAACGUCUCCCUCUGGAUGCUCCUCUACCUCUUAUCGCAACGCUUCCUCGCGCUAUGGUCCAACCGCCAUCUCCCCGCGUACCUAGGCCCCAGCUUCCUCGAGCUCGUUUGGUUGACCGUGUUCGCGUUUGUGGGCGCGGUGAUGAGUUUCGCGUUGGGGAUCAUGUUGGGAACUACGGUGAAGGGGUGGUUGUUUAACACGACUAUGAUCGAGGGGUGGGAGAUUGAGAAGCAUGAGGCGGUGGUGGAGAGGAGUGAGAGAGGGGAGGGGUGGUGGCGGACUGGGGAUGAUGCCGGAACGGGAACCUUACAGUCGGUUAUUGAUCCGGUCGAGUUCCCGUAUGAUGUGGGCGUGUUUGAGAAUAUGGCGCAGGCCAUGGGAACGAAUAAUGUGUUGCUGUGGUUCUUCCCCUUCGCCGGCGGACCUCAGGUGGCGCCGAACAGGGACGGGAAGGGGAAGGGGUGCGGAUGGGAGUACGAGGAGAACGGGCUGAACGACCGUGAAGAUAUGUGGCCGCCGACUGAUCCGGAGAAGGCAAGGAAUGCCAAGAUGUGGCGGAGUCGGAAGAAGGAGAUGGAGGCUGAGAGGGAGCAUUACGAGGACGGCGGGAGAUGGGCCACCCCUGAGGAGCAAAGGGAAGCGUUCCGGCAGAGACAGGAGCAGGACUUGCGACGGUGGGAGAGAACUAGGAAUCAGGUCUUGGGGGAGCUGGAGGAAGUGGACGAUUAUGACGUCGUUGACGAGGCUUAUAAUCACUCUACGACUCGGGCAUCCUUUGGUGGACCGAUAAUUGUCAACGAAGGCAGAUCGGGCUGGGUUAAUGAGGACGGGGAGCAGUUGGCCGACUAUGGCGUCGACGAGGAUGCUGAGUUUGACGAGCCGGACGUUGAUGCGCUCCACGAAGAUCAGGAAGAUGACGACAUCCCAUUGGGUGAGCUGCUACGACGACGCAAAGUUUUAACGAAAGAUGGC